AGGCUGGUUUGUGCGUCUUCGGUCGCGUUGGUGGUCUGGGCUGGUUUUUGUUCUGCAGUAUGUGUUGAAGUUCCCUCAGAGACAGAGGCUGUCCAAGGAACGCACAUGAAGCUGCUCUGCAUCUCCUGCAUGAAGAGGGAAGAGGUGACAGCCAGCACGGUGGUGGAGUGGUUCUACAGGCCGGAGGGUGGAAAAGAUGAACCUAUCUACGAGUACAGGAAGAGGAACCAUGAAUUUCCAAGCCGCUUCAGUGGUCGGUUACAGUGGAACGGGAGUAAAGACAUGCAGGAUGUAUCCAUCACGGUGUUAAAUGUGACCUUGAACGAUUCGGGGAUCUACACCUGUAACAUCACCCGGGAGUUCGAAUUCGAGAUCUUCGCGAGCUCCAGACAGAUCCACCUCACCGUGGUGGAGGAGGCUGGAGAAGAUUUCACCUCGGUCAUCUCUGAAAUUAUGAUGUAUAUUCUGCUGGUCUUCCUCACCUUGUGGCUGCUGAUAGAAAUGGUCUAUUGCUACAGGAAGGUCUCUAAGGCAGAGGAGGCUGCCCAGGAAAGCGCGACAGACUAUCUUGCGAUUCCAUCUGAAAACAAGGAAAACUGUGCCGUGCCUGUGGAGGAAUAGCGGAGAGGAGUCAGCGGAAGGAACGGCACCAAGGGGCUCUGAAGACCAGAAGGACCGCGUCACGCCAGCCAGGUUUGAGGGGGAGCUCUGCGCCGUCGGGAGAAAAUACGGGGAAGUGUAAAUUCUCUUCCAUUUGCCUUGGACUCUGUACAGCCUUGACUUUGGCCUCAUGACUCCAUUCUGAGCUGCCAGCCCAUUUGCUAAAGGACUCCUUUUGAAGCAUGCUGAGCAAAGGGCACGGGGUGCGGGCAGCACGGCUGCUUCCCAAGUUUCAGUCCCAUCACCACGUUAAUCGCUUUGUAAAUGUGAAGUGUCAUUUCUUAGCUGCUGUCACCACCACCUUUAUUUGCUAAAUAUGCUAGUUCUCCAUUGCAGAGGUAAAGGGUAUGU